GCAUAGCCACACGAAAGUGUCAUGCAGAUGGGAAAUGGGGCGCUGUAAUUCUGGUCGAUUGUGUUGGAAAAGAAAUCGACGAGGCAUCGCAGAAGCUCGAAUCUGUCAAAGGACUUUCUGACAAUGAGAAGAAGAAGGUUAUAGGAGAAGUAUUAGGAAGUAUAAAAAAUGUGACUGGCGAACACCGGAAGUGAGGAAGACGAGUCGAUAUCCUCUGGUAAUCUUAAAGCGACAACUAAAGUGUUAGAAACGAUGGUCAGCAUGCUCAGCCUGAGUACUGGUACAAUUCAAGUGGACAACACUACACAAGAGAACUUCGUAGGAAUAAUUGAUGAUAUGCUGUCGAUCAAUAAUGAAGGCUCAUGGGCUGAGGUUGAUGAACACAAUGAGAACAAAAAUUCAGCAUCAGCUGCUGGUAGCUUGCUGACGACGGUAGAAACGUUUGGUACGGCGGUCGCUAAAAGUCUUGAUACUGGGGAAUCAGUAAAUCUUGUUAAAGACAAUAUAGUGAUCCAAAUCAAGAAUACUAAUGAGUCCAGUAUCGCAUUUAUACCAAAUGGUACAACAGCGGGGUCCGGUAUAGACUUUAGCCUUGCUGAGAAUGAUCUUGAUAAUGUAACAUUCACAGCUGCGCUAUACAAAACAAUGGGCACUUUACUACAAAAUACGAGAAGUAGCUCUGGUUUUACAUCUGAAGUUCUGGCACUUUCCAUAAACGGUCAAGAUACCAGUAAUCUUUCGUCGCCAGUAACUCUGACCUUUGAUACCGAUAUCCUUAUGCAACAGAAUAAUCUGAUGGGCCAAACAACAGUAGACUGUGUGUUUUGGAACGAUAUACGAGGUUGGUUAUCUGAAGGCUGUAGCUGGGUAAACGAUACCUGUCGGUGUACACACCUGACGAACUUUGCGGUUAUCAUCAGUCCUGUACCAGCCUCAGACGCAUAUGUACUUCGGAUAAUCAGCUUUGUUGGAUGCAUCCUCUCCGUUCUUUCGACAGUGACAACCAUAGUUGUGUACAUAAAGUUGUGGAGAUACCUGAAAAGCGAUAGGAGUCGUCUACUUCUCAACUUGUGUGCAGCGCUGACCAUUGCUUACGUGUUGUUUCUAGUUGGAAUUGAUCAAACGGAGGACAACACUGUUUGUACGAUUAUGGCUGCGUUGUUACAUUACUUCUUCCUGGCCACGUUUUGUUUGAUGCUGGCCGAGGGAAUUCAGCUACUAAUAUCCGUAACAUUUGUCUUUCACGCUGAAUCAAAAUUGAAAUGGCUGCUUCUAAUUGGAUGGGGUAUACCGUUGGUGAUAGUCGGAGUAACAGUCGGCAUAACGUAUGACAAUGGGUACCAUGCAAAUGAUUACUGCUGGCUCUCCCUGUCAAACGGCGUCAUAUACUCUUUUGUUGGCCCAGCUGUCUGCAUCAUUAUGGUGAAUGUCAUUGUUAUUUUCUGCGUGAUGAAGGCAUUAUUUUCGUCCAAGUUCAUCGCAACAAAAACAGAAAAACAGAAAAUAUUUGCGGGUGUUAGAAGUGUUACUGUGCUUCUUCCGGUUUUGGGUGUCACGUGGUUAUUUGGAAUCAUAUCUGUCAACAACGACCUAAUCGUUUUCCAGUAUAUGUUUGCUGUUACGAAUUCAUUACAGGGGUUUUUCAUAUUCCUAUUUUACUGUGUUUUCAAUGUGUCGGUCCGACGAGCUUUGGAGAAAAAGAUGAAACGGUUUGAAUUCAGGACGCAAACUUCAAAAACUGGAAGUAGAAUACAGAUGAUGAAAACAAAGUCCACCGACAGCGGUAAAAUGAAAGGAUCACUAAUGAAUUUACAUGACUUGUUGCAGACGAGGGAAGAGCUAUGAAGGAGUUUCCACAGCCCUAACUUCCAGUUCCCUCGUCCGUCUAUAGAUCGUUAUAGAGAAGAUUCACAGAAUAUUUUAACAUCAGAGCGGUUGUCACCAUUAUCACCAUCACAUGACGACGACGUUGAAAUUCAGUAUACCUCCAGAUCCCACUUAUAUAUGCAACAGUAGGAGGUUGGACAUAAGCUGAUAUCGUCAUUAAAAAAAAAACCUUAGAGGAAGGAUAAAUACUGGCAUCCAUCUUGUGUUUGUUUUGAUUUGUGUGAAACAAUAUCUCAGGUAAAUCUGUGAAUUUCGUUGGAGCUGUUUCUUUCGGAUAGAGAUGCAUUAUAAGAAAAGCAUGAUGGACUCGCCUGAUGAAUUAAACUGGUUAUCGCCAUUAACACAUUAUAAAACAAAUUGCAAAACAGCAAUAACUUAUGGAUUACAUUUGUUUGUGAAGUUCUACUAAACAGGAUCCGAAACCUUCACGAAGAGGUCGAUAAAGAUCUGGAGGACAUUUAACUAUAUCUGACAAUGAUUUAUUUAUAAUCAUUGUGGUGCUAUAUGACGUAAAAAUUAUCAACUUUGAAGUUUUGUGUUAAGAUCCUUUAUUCCAAAAGUGUAAUCCAGUUCAAACCAAAUUUUGGUAUGUAAAAGUAGAUAACAUAACACCGUUAAUUUACGGCAUAUCAUCCGUAUUUUAUGGUCCAGUGACUUUGGUAAAAGACUGGGAACUGGAGUUUUGUGUUUAGCUUAGUUUCUCGAAUGUAUCACUGUUUUAAUGAUUUGUUUAUUAUUAUUAUUUAUUAUUAUCAAUAUUAUUAUACUGAAAUUGAAACAAUUUCUGUAAUGUACUGUAUAUUAGACACUCGCUGCUCGAGAAAAGAGAUAUUUUGUCAUAUUUAGGUAAAUUUGAAAAUUAAUGAUUUUGUGAAAUUUAUUUGUAUUGCAAAAUUCACGUAUGACUAUAACGUACACAUAUAGUAUAGUGAUUACAUACUUUUGGUUUAUAAAGACAGAAAUGAAUUUGCAGAAAUUUUGUUGCGUUCAUUUGGAGUUUGCCUAAAUGUUACUUGACUGUUAAAGAGAGACAAGUAAGACGUGUGAUUAUGCAGGCUGUUUGCGAAGAUUAAUACACACGCUUACCGUUUACAAAUUUCAUCUCUAUUUCUGUAAUAUAUGUAUUAUGCCCAUGCUCGUUUAGGAUUUUUCUCUCGGAUUUCUUCUCAAAGUCCUUUUCGAUGUAGUAUUUCAUUACUGCACAAAUAUUCAAGAAUAUUGCCCUUUUUAUACAUUUACUUUGAAAAAGAUUGAAUCUUUGUCAAGGCGUGUGUGUUGCAGUUCGAGUGUUUCAUAGCAUACCUUACUAUUUUAGAAAAGGAUAUUUCAGAAUUUAUGCGGGGAGAAUAUUUGUCACGUAACAGAAUAAGAUUAAUUCGUCCCUUUCUGACCUAUAAAAUAUUAAAAUAAAGAUAAAAACAUAAAAACCAGAGUGUCAGUAUCAGGAAGACGACUCGUUGAGGAAUGUUGUGAAAGAAAACGCACGCGACCUUUAUUCGUAAAUUAUACAAGACUAAACUAAUUGGUGGACCACAUUUACCGUACAAUCAUGUGUGGACUGUAUUAUCUGUACCAACAUUGGUAGACAAUAUUUACCGUGCCAUCAUUGGGGACAAUGUUUACCGUACCAUCAUUGGUGUACAAUAUUUACCGUACCAUCAUUGGUGGGCAGUAUUUACCGUGCCAUCAUUGGUGGGCAAUAUUUACCGUACCAUCAUUGGUGGACAGUAUUUACCGUACCAUCAUUGGUGGACAGUAUUUACUGUACCAUCAUUGUUAGACAAUAUUUACCGUACCAUCAUUGGUGGACAAUGUUUACCGUACAAAAUAACGUAUGAAUCCUUAAACCGUAUAAACCCGGAAGGUCUAUAAUAAUUAAUAGUUGUUCGAAUACUCAUGUGACCUUUAUUGAAGCCGUUAAUGAUAUUGUAAUUUACGAUAUAAGUUUAGUAUGAUAAUAAAACAAAAGUUCAAUAAAGAUAAAACAAAAAUGCCUUUGUGUGUAUAUGCUAUAUACUUUUGAGAGCUCUCAUACUUUAGUAUUGGUAAUAAAUUCAAUAGUUAUGAAACACUAGUUUUAGUAUUUCUACCUCACUAAAAAGGCUUUAGAUUUCCGAAACCAUCUCAGAUCACGUGGACAACUUACUGGGAACAUAGUGCUAUCGUAGUUCAAGAGUUUUUACUGGACUAAAGUCAUCGUCAACGCUGUACAUAUAUAAUGAAAGUUUACGACCAAAGGCGGCGAGUAACAUAUAUCGUGAUAUUUAAUCUAUGUAUGAAUAUUUUCUACAGUGUACUUAUUUAAAGAAUCAUUGUUUUGGUAUAUUAUGAUGGAAAAAGUUGAUUGAGCUAUAAAGAAUAGGCUUAAUUAUCAACACUUAAACAAAGAAAAUGCAAAAGUAAUGUAGAUAUAUUAUACAGCAUCACAGCAUGAUUCUUUAUCUCUCUACUUGUCCUCUAAUAUCCCUGAGCUCUACAAUGACAGGAAGAGACAAUGCGGUGGGGUGUUCAGUCCCUAAACACCAACUUAAUUCAAUGUGCAGGUAAUUUCCUCCUUAGAGAUGGCCACCGCCGAAAUAAAUGACAAUUUUUUUGAUCAAAUUUUACCAGACUAAAAAAAAUAAAAAGGCUGUCCAUAUCCCUUACUCAAUUCUAUGCUACUCUGAGUACCGAAAAAAUGCAUUCAUAUAAAUAUGGGUGGACACCCCUGUCCGAUCAAGAAAACUAUAGGGAGCGCUGGUAUUUAAGCCCC